ACGUGAGCUAAUUCCAAUUCAUCACUCGGUCUCGAGUCAUCAAAUUUUCAUCUACUUAAAAAUUACUGUCAUUCAACAAAGUUCAUUUUCAACGACCACCUGAAUCUUUACCUCCUACUUACCUCAAAUGUGCCACCACGCCAAUGGUGACUCCCAGUCCCAAGAUGUCUCGCAGAUGGUCGAGGUCCCCCUAACGAACGGUGCUACCAACGGAAAUGUCAAUGGAAAACGAGGUACUUCCCGUAACCCCCACAUCACAAACCCCAUCGAAAACCAACGUCGGAAUCCUUACGCUCCAAGAGCCUCGGACUUUCUUUCAAACAUAUCUAAUUUCAACAUCAUUGAGAGUACUCUUAGAGAGGGAGAACAAUUCGCAAAUGCUUUCUUUGAUACUAAGACCAAAAUUGCAAUUGCGAAGGCAUUGGAUGCUUUCGGUGUGGAAUACAUCGAACUAACAUCACCAGCUGCUUCAGAACAAUCGCGAGCAGACUGCGAGGCAAUCUGCAAGCUCGGAUUGAAAGCUAAAAUUUUGACCCACAUUCGUUGUCAUAUGGACGAUGCUCGGAUUGCCGUCGAGACUGGUGUCGAUGGUGUUGACGUCGUCAUCGGUACAUCCUCCUUCCUUCGCGAAUUUUCGCACGGGAAGGACAUGGCCUACAUCACUAAGACUGCAAUUGAAGUCAUCAACUAUGUGAAGAGCAAGGGAAUAGAAGUUCGAUUCUCUUCGGAAGACUCUUUCCGUUCGGAUCUGGUCGAUCUUUUAUCGAUCUAUCAGACUGUCGACAAGAUUGGCGUAAACAGAGUUGGAAUUGCUGACACCGUUGGGUGUGCAAACCCAAGACAAGUUUACGACCUCGUCAGGACACUGAGAGGUGUCGUUACCUGUGACAUUGAAAUUCAUCUGCACAAUGAUACCGGAAUGGCCAUUGCAAACGCUUACACUGCUCUUGAAGCUGGAGCGACCCACAUUGAUACCUCUGUUCUCGGUAUUGGUGAACGCGUCGGGAUCACUCCUCUGGGAGGCCUCGUUGCUUGUCUGUACGCUGCGAAUCCAGAAUAUGUCAAGAGCAAGUAUAACCUUCCCAUGCUUCGUGAAAUCGAAAACUUGGUCGCCGAAGCUGUCGAGGUCAACGUUCCUUUCAUGAACCCAAUCACUGGCUACUGUGCAUUCACCCACAAGGCCGGUAUCCACGCGAAAGCAAUUCUUAACAACCCGAGCACGUACGAAAUACUCAAGCCUGAAGAUUUUGGUCUCACAAGAUACGUCUCAAUUGGCCAUCGUCUUACUGGAUGGAAUGCUGUCAAAUCUCGUGUGGAGCAACUUGGACUCACACUUACUGAUGAUGAGAUCAAAGAUGCUACCGCCAAAAUCAAGGAGCUUGCUGACGUCCGAACACAGUCGAUGGAUGAUGUCGAUUCUCUUCUCCGUGUAUACCACUCUGGUAUUCAGUCUGGCGAACUUGCUGUUGGUCAAAAGGAGGCUUUGGACCGUCUCCUUAGCAAGCACAGAUCUCAAAGCCAGGAGUCCCAGGAACGAACUGCAACUGCUUGAAUGGUUCAAAAAAUAUGUUGUGUGAAAAGUUUGAUCUGUACCGCCGUUAAAGAGCAUAUGUCGCUUUUGGAUGGAAGAAGGACAGCAGUUUUACCUGGACUUGUGUUGUGUAUCAAAAAAAACGGCGUCUCCGACCACCACCCUGUACAUGCUUU